AUGGCGAGCGGCGACGCCGCGCCCGCGGGCUCGGGCUCCGGCUCGGGCUCGGGCUCGGGCACGGUGCUGCCCAGCCGCCUCCAGGAGACCGAGAAGCUGCUGGCCGCCACCGAGGGCCGGGAGGGCCUCCGGGGCUCCAAGUCCUUCACGGCCGCGUUGGCCGGCGAGGCGGAGCGCAACGGGCACGGGCUCUCCUACAAGUCGGUGUCGGUCGGGCACUUGGAGGCGGCCCCGCUAUCGCCGUCCCGGCUCAGCCUGGGCAGAGCCUCCUCCACCGCCACCAGCACGGCGGCUCCCGACCAGGGCCGCCCGCGGGACUACCUGGUACUCGCCAUCUUCUCCUGCUUCUGCCCCGUUUGGCCCAUCAACGUGGUGGCCCUCGUCUUCUCCAUCAUGUCACGGAACAGUGGGCAGCAGGGGGAUGUGGAUGGAGCCCGACGCCUGGGCCGCAUGGCCCGCCUGCUCAGCAUCGUCUCCAUCGUGCUGGGGACCAUCAUCAUCGUGCUCUACGUCUCGCUCAGAGUCUGAGGUAACACCUCCUUCUCAUUUCCCCACCUCAAGCAGUGACCUCUCCUUUUUUUCCCCAGUCCAUGAGGCUCCUUGGGCAGUUUAUGGGACACCCCUGCCCAUAGGACACAUCAUUCCCAGCCAGCAUGAGGCACUGAGCACUGCUGUGCUGUGCUGAUAAGUCCACCAUCAACAGCACACA